AUGGCAGUCUCUCCUCUCGCUUUGCAUGUGCAUGCAUCCACCAACAGGCACUCCGUUUCUCCUACCUUCGAUCACCUUAAAAAGUCCAUUUCCCCAGCUCUAAAGCCUAUUUGGAAGGAGUUGCAGCAACAACUGGCGUUGAAGAAGAUUGAUGUAUCCAACACAGUCAAGAAAGCUUCAGGGAUUGUGUUGGAUGUCUUAGUGGAUGGCUUGUACCGGUUUGUGGAUCAACCUUAUCUGCCAUCUCAGAAGAACUUUGCACCUGUUCAAGAAAUUGGAGAAGCUGUUGAAGUUGCUUGCUUGGAAGGGGAAUUACCAGCUGGUUUCCCUGAAGGAGUUUUUGUUAGAAACGGUCCAAAUCCUCAAUUUGGAUGUCUACAAUCCACAGUGUCGCCAUUAGGAAUAACGAAUGAAACAUGGGUAGAAGGAGAGGGAAUGCUUCAUGCAUUGUUCUUCAAAAAGACUUGUGACUCAGACUGGAGCAUCUCCUACAAGAACAGGUACGUCGAGUCCGAGACAUUCAAGCUUGAAAAGCAAAGAAACAAACCCUCUUUCAUCCCUGCCAUUGAAGGAGAUCCACUAGCUGUUGUAGCUGCAUUUUCUCUGAAUCGGAUUAGACUCAACGCUGAUAACAAGUUCUUGUGCAACACAAGUGUGUUCGAGUACCUGGGGAAGCUAUACGCGAUAUCGGAGAAUUACUUGCCUCACGAGAUCGAUUCACAAACCCUAGAAACACUCACUGUUUGGGACUUCAAUGGAGAUUGGGAUCGACCUUGCACUAGCCAUCCAAAGAAAGCUCCGGGGAGUGGCGAACUUGUAAUAAUGGGGAUUGAUAUCAAGAAACCUUUCCUUGUGGUAGGGGUGGUAUCUGCUGAUGGAAAGGAGCUUCUUCAUAAGGUGGAUGUCCAAUUGGACAAAGGUGUCUUCAGCCAUGAGAUUGGGGUCACAGAAAGUUACAAUAUCAUAGUGGAUCAAUCUCUUUCAGUGGACAUAUCAAGACUUGCCAAGGGAGGCCAAUUGUUGAAGUAUGAUAAAGAAAAAACAUCGAGGUUUGGAGUAAUGCUGCGAUACGGCGAUGCCGAUUCUGUCCAAUGGUUCGAAGUAGAAACAUGCAGCACGUUUCACAUCCUCAAUACAUUUGAGGAUGGAGAUGAGGUUGUGGUAAGGGCUUGUAGGGCCGUGACAUCCAUAUUCCCGGGUCCGGAUUGGGGUGAGAACAAGUUGGAUUGGUACACAAGAGGAUAUAAAUUACCUCCAAAAAAUGGAAAAAAUGGCAAUGAAGAAGAAGGUUUUCUUUUUCAUUCUGUGUAUGAGUGGAGAUUGAACAUGGCAACCGGAGAUGUCAAGGAGAGAAAUCUCAGUGGCCCUCACUCCUCCAUGGAGUUUCCAUUCAUCAAUGAGAAUUUCAUAGGAUUGAAGAACAAAUUCGGCUUUGCUCAAGUCGUCGAUUCAGCGGCAAGUUCUACCUGCGGGCUAGCUAUGUAUGGAGGUCUGGCAAAAUUAUACUUGGACGAACCUCAGGAGGGAGAGAAUGGACAGGCAGUCAAGGUUGAAUAUCACGAGUUUGGGGAGAGCAACUUUUGCAGCGGAAGUGUGUUCGUCGCUAAAAAUGGCAGUGCUGAAGGAGAAGAAGAAGAUGAUGGUUGGAUUACAGCUUUUGUUCACAAUGAAGUGUCUGAUGAGACUCAAGUUCACAUAAUCGAUGUGAAGGAUUUCGAAGGCGAGCCGGCGGCGAAGAUAAGGUUGCCACAGAGAGUGCCGUACGGAUUUCAUGGCACUUUCAUGGCCACACCUAAUAAGCACUAA